CUUCUGAUAGUAGUGCCAGAUAGAUUCGGAGGUGGUAAAGCAGCGGAUAUGGCUAACAACUAUAAGAAAAAAGUUGCACUAAUCACAGGCAUUACUGGACAGGAUGGUUCUUAUCUAGCUGAGUUCCUGUUAGGAAAAGGCUAUGAAAUUUACGGAAUUAUCAGAAGAUCCAGCACAUUUAACACAUCCAGAAUAGAACACUUAUAUGCCGAUAAAUAUAGUCAUAAAGGCGGUAAAAUGCAUCUCAGGUACGGCGACAUGACAGAUUCGAGUUAUUUGGUAAAACUAGUGGGUGAAGUGAAACCCGAGGAAAUUUAUAAUUUGGCUGCCCAAAGUCACGUUAAAGUUUCUUUUGAUUUGAGCGAAUAUACAGCUGAAGUGGAUGCUGUUGGAACUUUGAGAUUGUUGGACGCUGUUCGCACUUGUGGCCUCGAAAAGACUACUAAAUUUUAUCAAGCCUCCACUUCAGAGCUAUAUGGUAAAGUUCAAGAAAUUCCACAGACGGAAAAGACGCCAUUUUACCCUCGAUCCCCAUACGCCUGUGCUAAAUUGUAUGCGUAUUGGGUUGUUAUAAACUACAGAGAAGCCUACGGUAUGUUUGCCUGUAAUGGUAUUCUUUUCAAUCACGAAAGUCCAAGAAGGGGAGAAACAUUCGUUACCAGGAAAAUAACCAGAGAGGUUUCUAAAAUACAUUUAGGUUUGUCAGAAAAUGUCGUUCUGGGUAAUCUCGAUUCUAAAAGAGAUUGGGGACAUGCAAAGGAUUACAUCGAGGCAAUGUGGCUAAUGCUUCAACAGGAUUCUCCAGACGAUUUCGUAAUUGCUUCCGAAGAAACAAGAAGUGUGAGAGAAUUUGUAGAGGCAGCAUUUAAAUUUAUAGGAAAAGAAAUUGUUUGGGAGGGCGAGGGACUCGAAGAAAUCGGAAAAGAAAAGGACACUGGAAUAGUAAGAGUCAAAGUAGACAAGAAAUAUUUUAGACCAACAGAAGUAGAUCUUCUGCUUGGCGACGCAGCUAAAGCUAAGAAAAACUUGGGAUGGUCUCCGAGAAUAACAUUUGAUGAACUCGUAAACGACAUGAUGACUUCAGACAUUGCGUUAAUGAAGAAAAAUCCUCAGGCCUAAUCAAGACAUCACACACAUUCGUAUGCUUUAUUUACUAGCAUUUACCUUGCCUAUUAAAGUUUUAUAUAUAUUUAUUACUAUAACAGUAUUAUAUUAAGUAAUUUAAGCAUGGGUUAUAUAAAAUACGGAAAUAAGACACAAUCAAUAAAUUUUGCCUCUAUUAAAGUA